CGGACGCAUAAAUUGUUUUGGCCAGGAUACCACGUGCACGAGCAGCAGAAACAGGACACGGCAGAACUGAACCCAAUGCGCAUGCAGGGUGCGGGCCAGUGGAGAGCUGUCGCAGAACAGCAGCAAGCGGAGGAAGUCGAACAGUCGGCGUCACAGUGGGCCCUCUGACUCUGGUAGCGGGCUGGGCUGGGCUGGGUGUGCCGCUGGGAUGCGGUCACUAGCAUACGAUGUGGCCAGCUGCACUUACACGCCUGCUGAGACGACGCAUCAUCUACAUAAUCCUUGUGCUGCUGCUGCUGGUGUGCAUUAUCUGGGGCAACCUCUUGGAUCGGCAGGGCGCCUUUAGUGGUCUGCGCUAUGACGACUUUGAGGUGCAGCGCACACGGCCGCUCCUCUGGACGCAGCAGCUUCUGGCGCCGGAGCAGCAUAUCAAUCGAACGCGGGACCCGGAGCUGCGCUGCCGCAACUCGGUGCAGGGCCGCCAACUGCUCACCGACGAGCGCGGCUUUGUGUGCCUGCGCGAGCAGACUCUACCCAGCGGCUGCUGCAACCUGGAGAUGCCCGGUAUCGGCUACUAUAGCUGUCGCACCUGCAACGCCACCACCAACUGCUGCCGCCUGUACGAGUACUGUGUGUCCUGCUGCCUGCAUCCCGACAAGCAGCCGCUCCUCGAACAGGUGCUGCAAGCGGCCCACACACCCAAAUACAUAUAUGCUAGCGUGGCGGAUCACUUCGAGCUGUGCCUCGUCAAGUGUCGCACCAACUCGCACUCCGUGGAGCACGAGAACAAGUACCGCGACGCGACGGCCAAGCACUGCUACGGCAUCACCGACGCUCACGAAUCGCAGCGUGACGUGGCCCCCCAGGCAGUCCACAGCUAGCUAACACAACGAUUAUAAGCGCGUCCGAAGCUGCUCUCUCUCGCUCUCCUGCCCCCCAGGCUAGGCCAUAGCCUCACAUUGAGAUUUCCUGUACAACAAAAGACGAUCAACUCUGCGCCGCCCGCCCUGCAGUGGAGUUUAAUGGUGUGAGCAGAUAAAUGAGCUUUACCUGCAACUAGAACUAAAACUAGAACUAGCUUAAAAGGCUUGCAAUAGACAGGCCACAGGGACUGCCACAAAGCAAGCGAAGCAAGCAGCAUGUCCAGGCAGACAUGUCCCCCCGCAUAGGGAACAAAAGCAACAAACAAACACAAUACGAAUGUUUGAGCCAUUAAAUGAGAAGCAUUCAAGUGAGCCUAAGUGAGCAGCGGCUCCUGGUGUACCACCUGGCCCUCGAUGCCGUAGAAGAUGGUGUCGUCCUGUAUGUAGCCCCAGGCCAUGCGUUGCGAGGUGAAGCUGAUGCCGAGAUCCCCGGCGUGGCCGACAACGAUGGCGCCGCCGGUGCCGCCGAUGCGUUUGGUCAUCUCGCGACACUCUUGCUCGGCCGCCGCCUGGGCGGACAUGCCCUUGUGCUCGAUGGCGGCCAGGAUGCGCUGGGCUAGAUUGUAGCGCAUAAUUGUCUCGCCAUGGCCGGUGGUGGAGACGCCGCCCCUGGCGUUGUCCGCAUAGGUGCCGCUGCCCAGGAUGGGCGUGUCGCCAAUGCGACCGGGCCACUUGCCCGUAAUGCCGCCGGUGGAGGUGCCCACAACAAUUUGGCCAUCCUGGUCCAUGGCCACAGCGCCCACCGUCUCCCCGCUGGGGUCGGUCUUCGUCUUCGU